CGCGUGAUUUCUAGUAAAUACUUUCUGUACGAAUCAACGUGCUUAUAGCGCUAAUUUCUGUUCCAUUUUGCGGAGUAAUUAACUUUCGAGCCAUAAUGACCGUGGAUGAAGGUGUUGAUAUCACGAAGGAGCAGGACCGCGGUGUUUUGAAGAGAAUAAUCAAGGAGGGCGAAGGCACUGAUACUCCUAACACUGGAUGCCAGGUGACGGUGCACUACACCGGUACCCUUCUGGACGGCACCAAGUUCGACUCCAGUAAGGACAGGGAUGAGCCGUUUGAAUUCCCACUUGGCAAAGGGCAAGUGAUAAAAGCAUGGGAUAUCGGCGUGGCGACAAUGAAGAAAGGCGAGGUGUGUGUGCUUACUUGCGCUCCUGAAUACGCAUAUGGAGCAGCUGGAAGUCCACCCAAAAUCCCGCCCAACUCCACGCUGCAGUUUGAAGUUGAAAUGAUUGACUGGAAAGUGGAGGACCUAAGCCCGAAUAAAAACAAAGGUAUUCUGCGUCAUAUCAUUGAGCAAGGAUCCGGGUUUGACAGUCCGAACGAUGGUGCACUUGUUACAGUGGAGCUUGAGGGAAAACUUCUGUCAGACGGCAAAGUCUUCGAUACAAGAACAGUAACAUUUACCAUUGGAGAAGGUAGCGAAAACAAUAUUUGCGAAGGCGUUGAACGCGCUUUAGAAAAGUUCCAAAAAGGUGAAAAAAGUCGACUAACCAUCCAACCUAAAUACGCCUUCAAGUCUGAAGGUAACGCUGAAUUAGGAGUGCCACCAAAUUCAGCGGUUGAAUAUGUUGUAACUCUCAAAAACUUCGAGAAAGCAAAAGAAAUCUGGUCAAUGGAUGGUUCAGAAAAACUGGAACAGGCGAAGUUAUUUAAGGAGAAAGGAACAAACUACUUCAAAGGUGGUAAAAACCAGCUGGCGAUUAAAAUGUACAAACGGGUCGUUUCGUUAGUUGAUGAUAUGCCAGCAGACAACAGUGAGAGCGACGAGAACAAAAACCAAGCAAAGGAGUACCUUGUAUCCACUCAUUUGAAUCUUGCUCUAGUAUACUUAAAAGUGACACCUCCCCACCACUUCGAAGCUAGAGAGCAUGCAAACAAAGCCCUUAAACACGAUGAUAAUAACGUAAAAGGAUUGUUUAGAAGAGGACAGGCGCUUUUAGGAUUGGGAGAAGCACAUGAAGCUAUCAAAGACUUUCAGAAAAUCGUAGAUCUCGAGCCUGGCAAUAAGGCAGCAGCGAACCAGAUUAUAGUAUGUCGUACUACGAUCCAGAAGCAAAAACAGAAAGAGAAGGCUAUGUACGCGAACAUGUUCGACAAGUUCGCUAAGAAGGACUCGGAGUUGGAGAAGCAGCGAGCUAAAGAAGAAGUCGACGUCAUAGGGGAGAAGGUCGGCGAGUGGGGGGCGGGGGAGGGGGAGUGGACCGACCAGCAAAGAGAUCGUAAGCCGACGGAGUUCGAGAAGGAAAAUCCAAACAUACUCUUGCUUGACAAGGACGGACGAUUUGAAAAUAUGUAACACGCUUGUUUAUGCUCGUUCUAUCAGUGGUCACUCGUUUUCCAAAUAUCUCGUUUAGUUAUCUCAUAAACAAUGGUUAAAAGGGUGUUGCAAAAGAGACACAAAAAGUAGUUACAUGGAAUGGUUAAUACUACCAAAUGUUAAUUUUUUCGAAUACUUUUCGAUUUGCUGUAAAGUAUCUAUACUUAGUUCUAAUCCACUUUGAACAAAUAUUAAACAAAACUGAUUAAAUUUUAAAGCAAUCACUCAAUUCAUCUAAUAAGUAACACUUUCACGUAUAUUUCCAAGAUUGCGACUUGAUACCUCAUCAUUUUUUCCAAAAAUAUUCAUCGUAAUAUAUAUAUAAUAGCAUCGUAAAAUCGUAUUUGAAAAAUGGUAGUCCAAAUGUGAGGUUAUUAUAUAAAACAAGCUAUUGCUUGUAGGUCAUUAAAAAAUAUUUACUUUGGUGAAACUCCAGUUGUAUAAUGCAUUUUUUUUACAUGACACCAGUAGAAUUAGUAUAAAAUCCAACUUCAGUUUCCUAAAUGAGUAAUUUUAUUUUACGAUCUAGUAAAAGUGUUUCCGGAAAUCCGAAAUCUGAAAAACUAACUCGACUCAUCCGAAGAACAAAGUCCGAUGUGAUUGUACAGCGAAAAGAGGUUAAAACAUAAUCUCGUUAUUCAAAAGGCCAAUCUAAGGGUGUUUUCAGAUUUUAUGCAUUUAUUAUUUAUUUCGUUUCGGAAAUAUAAAAUCGAACAACAGUCGAUCUUGACUGUGGAUAUCCGCAGUCAAAAACAACGAACGAAAUGUACAAUGUUCCGAGAAUAUGCAGCAUCUUGCACAUAGGUCUUUGUUCUACGGAUGAGUCGAAUUAAUUAAUAUUUAUUGGUUAUAAAAUAUAUUUAGAUAUUUUAUUUGUAGAUAUUUAUCUACUCAUUGGAAACACCUUUUCCCGGCCAUUUCUCAUAAAUGAUAUCUGAUCAAAAUAUCUUAGACACAACAUAACAUUAACAUUAUUAGAUCACCUUCCGAUUCUGAAAAAGUAUUUCUUGCGAAAAGUGGCCAUCCAUGGAUGAUCUAAGCCAUCCAUGAAUUGCCUCAAAAUUGGAGCAGCGACGCGAUCUUUCUUUUUUUUUUGUUUAAUGAAAUUUAACCUUAUCUUGUUGGAGAUAAAGUUUACUCGAUUUAAUACCGCCAAUUUGAGGUGACACUUGGUGUAAACAGCUGUCAAUAGAUCUUCUCAAUGAAGUUGAAAUUUUACAUAUUUCUAAUAUUUAGAAGUUUGUAGACGAAGUUUUUUAUUUUUAUUAGGAGUGUGAUAUUUCCUAUAUUUGCAUUAUUAACUACAUCCACUACAGACUCAUGGGUCUAUUCUCGUUCUUCGUUCGACAUCCGAAACAAAAUUACUUUCAAAUAAAUAAUACUCGAGGAAAUAGACAAUGCCAAGUACGAAGCUUCAUUCGCAUCAAGCGAUUUUUAAGAGCUCUUAUGCCAAAAAAGUUUUGACGUUGGCUC